AUGGCAAGGGUCCCUUUUAUUGGAAGGCUGUUCUGGCGAGAGUAUCUUGCUUUGGUGGGAUCUCUUAUUCUCGUUGCACUCGAAGUCUUUGUUCGAAUCAUCACCCUUGGCCUUCCUCAACCUGUCAUUCGUUUUUGUUAUAAUGCAUCAAAGAAACUCUUCAAUCGUCUUUCCUCUCAAAAGUCAAAACAGGCCAGGUCAGAACAAAAAUCAAUAUACAGUUCAAUUGCAACUUGCUCGGACUUCACGGAACUCUGUGGGCUGUUUGGAUACUACGCGGAGGAACAUAUUGUACAAACGGGCGAUGGAUAUCUGUUAGGUGUACAUAGGCUACCUUUCCGCAAAGGCGAGGAACAAAAUGGCACAAGAGUCAAUGCAGGCCCAGAUUCCAUCCGCAAACCUGUGGUUUACCUCCACCAUGGUCUACUUAUGAACAGCGAGGUCUGGGUUUGCAUCACAGAGGAAGAACGCUGUCUUCCCUUCACUCUUGCCAGCCAAGGCUACGAUGUCUGGUUGGGCAACAACCGGGGUAACAAAUACAGCAAAAAGUCGACUCAAUUCUCUCCUACUUCUGCUCGGUUCUGGAAUUUUUCAAUGGACGAGUUCGCUUUCCACGACAUUCCAGACACAAUCGAUUACAUUCUCAACACGACAUCACAGGCGUCAUUAUCCUAUAUUGGUUUCAGCCAAGGCACUGCACAAGCAUUUGCAACUCUCUCAAUUCAUCCAGGACUCAACGACAAAGUUAAUCUCUUUGUCGCUCUUGCACCUGCAAUGUCGCCAGCUGGACUCAGCAAUGGAAUUGUCGAUUCCCUUGUCAAGGCCAGUCCCGACGUUCUCUUCCUUGCCUUUGGUCGUAAAUCCAUUCUAUCCUCAGCUACCAUGUGGCAGUCUAUACUCUACCCACCGAUUUUUGUUCGAUUGAUCGAUAUGUCGCUUUCGUUCCUUUUCGCCUGGUAUGGCCGAAACAUUUCUGUACAACAGAAGCUUGCUGCAUAUCCGCAUCUUUACAGCUUCACAAGUACAAAGUCAGUCGUCCACUGGUUUCAGAUCAUUCGCAACAAGUCGUUCCAGAUGUAUGAUGACGACGGAUCCAACAAAUUCUCCGUUGGGGCGAGCAAUCGCUAUUACAAAGUUGCAAGGUUCCCCACGCGAAAUAUCAAGACCCCUAUUGUGCUCGUCUACGGAGGAAGCGACUCACUUAUCGAUAUCCGAGUCAUGCUUAAAGAGCUCCCUCGACACACAAUCGCGACCGAGGUACCUCAUUUUGAGCACCUGGAUUUCUUGUGGGCACAAGACGUGGAGAAGCUUGUUUUCCCUCACGUUUUAGAAGCUUUGCGCUACUAUUCACUUGGACGAAAUAAUAAUGAUCUGUCCAAAGGGCUUGCAUUAUCAAUAACAGACACGGCAUACCUUCACCGCCGCCAAAACAGUGGCAGCACGACCCCGUGGUCUGAAGAUGAUGGUGGCUAUUCAGACUAUGACGGCGCCAAUGACACACCUCGAACCCCAAAAGCGAAGUCGUUCGCUCAGCAACAACGUGAUCGACAUUACAGGUAUCAGUACAACAGUCGACCGUCGACAGCCAGUCCUGGCCAAUCCAACCAUCAGCCCAACAGCAGUAGCAGUCAAUUGACCUGGACGGAACAGUUUUAUAAAAUGACAAACAGGGAACCGCAUGCACCCGCAGCAGGCGACGCUCUGCUGCCCCGUCGCAAGGAGUCUGCAACCUCGACCUCGCUGGACGAGUCAGAGCAGACUGCCGAUCCUUCUCAGCCGCCACCAAUCGAGGACAAGGAAGGCGCAUUUAGCCCGGCGAUAUCAACUGCCCGAUCGGACGAGCUGGGAGGCACGUCUCCGUCAGUUGCACAGCAAGUACAAAAUCGAAGCCACCAUACGCCUGCGAGGGACACUGACAAUGAAAGCGUUGGCUCUGGCCGAUCGAGCCCGGGCGCCAAUUCAAUCUUGCCGCGUGCGAUCACAUCCAGAGGCAUCAGGGUCGGCAGCUCGAAACCGAGCGUUGGGCUCGGAUAG